AUAUCCGUUAGUCACGAUAAUUUAAGUGGGUUGCCCUUAGCCGCCUGUUGUUGAUGUUGUUUAAGUGUUUCUGUCAGAUAACAGACAGUGUGUUCACUUGAAACACUGGCACGCGAGCCUUCAGUUUCCUUGCUCUUGCCGCCAAAAGCUCGUGCCCUUUUACCUCAACAUUUGUAUAACCUCAAACUGAGAAUGAGUGGAAGUGGGGCACAAUCUUUGUUUUUCCUCAGUCUUCCGGACCUGAGGAAUUUGUGUUGUGUAAAUAUGUUCUUCCCGAAAAGUUACGAUGAAGGGGAGCUGAGAAACAAACAAGUGAAAACCUGCAGGGAGCUUGUUCUCUUGCAUUCAGACAUUGUUGCCUCACCUCUGUUGGGCCAUUUUGGGGGCAUCACUGUUAUAAUGACUAUUACAUUUCACAAGAGAGGUAUCAUCCAGGCCUUUGCACAGAAACAUGGUCUACAGUUCAACCCUCCUCAAAGGGUAUUUCCUUCCAUUCUGCAGACAUGUUUGUCUUAUUCAUUGACUGCUAAACUGGCCCCAAAGUGGAACAAAGCUGGCCAAUACCUCAUAGCAGGAAAGGAUUUCCUCAGUGACUCUGGAAAACUAAAUGCAGUUGUGCUUGAGGUGAGUAUCUCCGAGACUCAACUGUGUGUCAGUGUGGAAGCCAACACGGUCAGACUUCCCCCAGCUGUGAUAAAGGAUUUUGAUUUUCCUGCUCCUGUGGUGAAAAGCUUCCUCCAUACCAAUGAUGCUGUGCUGCAUACAGUCAUGCCAAAUAACUGGUGCCAUAUUCUGCCAAGUAUGAAGAAAGGCCAAAUCAUUAGCAUCAGUCGCAGGAUUCCACAGGAAAGCCCAUUUCAAUCUUACAUGGAGUUUCAAAAGCACUGGAACAACAUGUAUGGAUAUCAGCUGCCCUCAGUGAAUGAAGAUGAAGUCAUCUACUGCAGUGUGUACUUCAAACCAAUAGGUGACAAGCUGUUCACAUAUCCUUUGUGUUGUAUACGCACUCAGCCAGUACAGCGCUUUCCCAGAGUGGACCUGCAGGGGGUGCUGGGAAGCUUCACAUCAGAUCUGCAGGCUGAACUGGAAAGUGUGUGUGGUUUUCCAGUGUGGAUGACCUGCAAGCCUUGCUACUACAGCAAUGAACUGAAGAGACCAGUCACGCAGUCCUCUAGGGCCUUGCAUGUGAAUGUGACAACAGAAAACAGCAGCAGGGCUGUAUUCAACCAGCUUCCCAGCAGCUGCCCACAGGAGACAGCGAAAAACUACAGUCAGUGUGACUCAACUGGAAAACAGACUGAAAAGAAAAAGAGACCCAGCUUGGAUUCAUCUCUUGACCAGAAAGGCUGGACUUCCUCCAACUUGGCAACUCUGUCCUUUUUCUCUUCCAUAAAUGUUCACUUUACUCACAUCCAGUCACAGUCUACACUUGUUCCAAGACCAAAGCUUGUACCAAUCUUCAAAAACAAAUCACAAACACAGCAUGUGAACACGACUGAGAUCCUGGCAGUGAAACAGCAGAAGGGGUUGGAAGGGCAGAAGCUAACAGCAGUCAUCAAGCCUGUGUCACCAGCCCCUUCUAACCAGUUCUUCAGGCCUCCAGCCCCUGAGCGGAUGACUUUACCAUUUUUUAAGAAUAAAGAAAGAACCAACAGUGGAGUCAGUAGGAUUCUCCCACCCCUGCCUUUUGUACAGACACAGCCCCAAACCUUGCCUGAGAUCCCCAGCAAUAGAGGGGGAGACACGUUUGAGUCAAAACCAAAGAGACUUAAAAAAGGUGUGCAGGAUGUGGAAGUGUAUGCGACAAGCAGUCAGCUCUCAGAGGUCAACUCAGCGACUCGGCAGGCGUGGUUGAACAGUUGAGGGAUCAAUGUGCGCUCAAAGGACAAGAAGGAGGAGCUAAUGUCAAAGGUCAUGAAAUGUCUGAGUGAAACUUAGAAGUGUUAGGUUGGGUUACUUGCCUAAAAAAACACAGAUAGAGUUAUAGAGAGCUUGCACACUGAGUUUUUGUUUGUUCCAUUGAUAAACUCCUUUGACACUGACAGUUCGCAUGACAUUUAAGCUUACAUUGUAAGCUAAAAUCUGUUGUUUAAUUGGAUCCAGAGUUUAGAGAGCUGCAGAUAAAGAAAAAAAAAACAUGCAAGUCUUUCUUUGUAUGUGGUCUUUUUUUGUUAGCAUGAUGGUCAUUUGUCAACCAUCAAACUUGUUGUUACAUGUAGUGCAACUAUUUAUUAAAACUCUGUACUCUGACUUUAAUCAAAA